AUGGAAGAACCAGCCGCCGAGUUCGCAUCGUCCCUUCGAGAUCUCACGACGAAUUCGAAGCCCCUCAUCACGAUGCUAACAAUGAUCGCCGAGGAAAGUAAAGAGCACGCCGCCAAAAUUGUCGAGAUCAUUGAGGACUAUCUGAAAACGAGUGAACCACAUAUCAAACUCCCGUCCCUGUACCUCGUGGACUCAAUAGUCAAGAACAUCGGGGAGCCUUACAUCGGUUUGUUCAAUGAGAACAUCGUGAGGAACUUUCUCAUGGUCUUCCGCGAGGGGGACGAGAAAGUCCGUGCGGCUUUAUUCAAGCUCCGACAGACUUGGAAAGACAUUUUCACCGAGCGGAAAUUAUACGCUUUGGACGUCAACACUCAGGCUGUAGAUCCGAACUGGCCGGUCUGUGCUGCCGCCCCAAUCCACUUGAACCCAAAGUUCUUCAAAACGCACCAAGAAAAACCAGAGAUCGAUAUCGCGCGCAAAUCCGAAACGGAAGCCAAGUCCAUAGAGCAGCACAAGAAACAGCUUGAGAAAAUCCAAGGCGACCUCAAGCGGAAAAAAGAUCUCCUUAAUCAGAACGCACACAAUGCAGCGGCUCAACCCAAGCAGUCUAGAGAUCCUCGAUUGAAGAGAGAACACCCCUCGGUCACGAAAGCCCCUCCCCCAGCCCCUAAUCAGACGAGCCAGGGCAAAUCUGAGAAGGAUUCGAAAAGACCGAGGAGGUCGAAAGAUCGAGACAAAGCGAAGUCGGAGUCCAGCUCACGUAAAGAUACAUCUGUCGCAGAGAAGACGAAACCUCCGCAAGAGAAAAAGUUCCGAAUUCCGAAGAAGUCUGCCUCGGCGUCACAGAAGUCCUCGCAAGAAAAUCAGGCUGAAAAAUCACCCUUCCGAACCUCCAAAGUCUUGGAGGACCCCGAUGCUAGUCUCAUGGCUGAUAAAGAAGCUGCGGCAAUUCUCACAGGAGAUCUCGAUAUGAGAAUUUUCGCGCCGGCUGCAAAACGACGGAGAGAAGAACCUCCGGCAAAUUGUGAUGAAGAUUUUCGCAUCCGUCCAACUGCCGACAAAAACUCGCCCGCUAGACUUUUCGAGAAAACCGAAACGGAGGGAAACGCUCAAUAUUUCAAAAAAGAACCCAAACCCGAGCUUCCGGUUCAGAAACACAAUGCUCAGCAGCCUGAAUGGAGCUUCCGGCAGCAGCAACCGCCGGCUCGAGAUCUUGAUCCGCUCAUCACUCAGAAUGGGGAGGCGGGGAAAAGUUUCGACAGUAUAGUGAACCAGGCGACGGGCGGAGUCGCACCGUUCCUCGCAUCAAGCGUGAACGGAUUAAACACAGCUCCAUUCGGUUCUCGCAUCCCUGCGAAUACCCCUGUGGCGGAGCCAGCACCUGAUUGCGGACAAAUAAGGCUCGACGGUCAGAUGCGGGAAAUUCGUUUUAUCGAUGGAGUCGCUAUCGCCAUCAUGGACGAAGCCCCGCCAAAUUAUGUAUCCGCUCGUCAGGUAGUCUUCCGAGGCAGCAGCAGACAGAUCUUCAUAAACGAUCAGCAGGCUGUUGUUGCCGGAUUCGAUGGACGAGACCAGGAGUUCACAGUGCAUGGAAACCGCCACCGGAUUCGCUUUGGAGCGCCGUUGAGGGAACUCUACAUCGAUGGAGUUCCUUAUGCGUGCCAGUUCGAUGGACGUCCGAUGCUAGUCAGGAGUCACGAUGACCUUUUCACGGUCACUCUGCCUCCACCUUGUCCCACGGUGUCGAACAAGCUGGACGCGCCUCCCGAGCUUCUGGCGAAAUUGGGCUUGAGACCGAUGCUGCCUCCUACAGCUACAAUGCCGCGGGGCCCCGGGCCCAUGGGCGCCGGAUCAGGAGCUGGCGGCGCAGGGGACUGGAGAAGAUACGACGGCCUCCCCCCUUCUUCAAAUCAGGGACUUCCACCGGGGAUGUACCCAACACCUCCGCCACCGAUACCUCCUAAUAUGGCAUUACCUCCAGGUGGAUUUCUGGUCGGCAUGCUCCGGCCUCCUCCUUUCAGAGGGUCUUUCGGCGGUCCACUCCUCCCGCCGAUGCCUCCAAUGUCUUUGAAUGGCUUUCCGAGCGGACCGGUGCCGCCGCAAACUCAAACGAGACCCACGAAUGCUCCUCCGGUGCAAAUGACUUCUGCGUCUUCCUCUGCCAACCCGAUGAACGUCUCAGAUCUCUUCCACAAAUUACUCGAAUCGGGAAUGCUUGGCAAGAAGGACGAGAAUUCCAAUGACGAGAAAGCUGUCAGAAACGACGACGUGAAAAAAGAGGAGGUGAAGGCGGAAGCUGCGGCCGUGAGAGAGGAAAUUCCUAGACUGAAUUUCAGAGAUACUUCGAUUCUUAAAAAGCGUUACAAUGGCGUGAUCUCAGCCCUUCAUGAAGGCACUCAAUGCGUCGCUUGUGGGCAAAGGUUCCAACGAAGCGAAAACAACACUGACAAAUACGCUCAACAUCUAGACUGGCACUUCAGAAUGAAGCGACGGGGCCGGGAAGGACUGAAGAAAGCGACCAGUCGGAAGUGGUACUUCGAAAUCAGCGAUUGGAUCGACUUUGAAGAAGUCGAAGACCUGGACGAUCGCACCAAGAGCUUCUUCGAACAGCAAGAUUCUCAGCUAGACGGUUCAUCUCAGGACAGUCAGUCUUCGCAGACCGCGCAGGAAGUUCCCACAGUGGCUCUCUCGGCACUUCCGGAGUGCUUGGAACAUGCGCGUCAUUCUUGCGAAUUGUGUCACGAAGUGUUGGAUAAGUUCUACUGUGAAGAGUCGGACGACUGGAGACUGAGGAACGCAAUGCUUUUCGACGACAAACUUUUCCAUCCAGCAUGCCAUGAAGAUUACAUGAAGCCUGCCCCUAGUCCGAAACCCAUUCUGGUGAGAGAGGGACAGGACGAACCCACGGAGGAAGAGAUCGCCGAUGAGCAAGUGAAGGAAGAAAAAGCAGCGAUUGAUGAAAUGAACCUACCUCUACCAGGCUUGGAUUUCCAGCCCUCCGAUCUGAGCGGAGACACCGACGAGCAACCAAAAGAGUCCGCUGGGAAAGACGAUCAAAAUGAGACUCCCAUCGACGAUUCUAAGGGCGUGACGACCGACGCAUCCGAUGAGGGUCGAGUCUUGGACGAUCUCGAGCAGAAAAAAGACGAGCCCAUUCUCGAAGACGAGACCCAAGCCAUGGACGCAAUGAUAGAGCACGAAGUAGUUAUUCAAGAACUAGGAGAGUUCGGGGUGGUCAGCAGUGUCGAUGAUCCAAGCUUGGAUGGGACGAACGGGAGCCAGUCAGGCACCGAUCAACUCAACGACACAAUGGACGACUCGUCGCAAACGAGCAAAACCAAUGAGAAAGUGGUCGUCAAGGGCUCCGGAGGCUUCAUUCUCAAAGUAAAUCAAGAGAGCGUCGCAAACAACAAAGACUCGUCGCAGGAUGCGACCAAGGACUCUAAGGAGGCUUCCAAUCUACAAGAACUCGAAAUCGAGUGGACGCCCCCAUCUCCCGAUCCUCGCUACAAGAACCUACCUCUGGUGAAGAAAGGCAGUGAAAUGAGCGGACUUUGUAGCCUCAUGUGAUUCCUGCUCGUUUUGCGCCAGAAACGCAACGAUUAUUCUGUGAUGAUGAUGAUCAUUAUUAAAAUUAUUGUCUAACCAGAUGAUCGCUUCAAAAGCUGCCGCGCUACCUCCGCGUUUCCGUGAUACUU